CCUGUCGCGCGGAGUCGCGCGACGCCCGCCAAGCCACACACACACACGUCCGGAGAAGCGCCCGGCCGCAUCUUGUCAGGAACCGGGGACACGAUCGGUCGCAUCGUGGGAUAUACAUACUCCCCGUCGCGUUGAUAGUAGGGACGAUACGAAGGAGGGAGUGCCGUCGAGGACUCCGCCCGAAGAAGGACAUGCGUUGCGCGUCCUUGCUGCUGUUCCUGGCGGCCGUGGCUGCGGCCCAGGACUCCUCCGUCCAGCCCUCGGCUAGCCCUCCGGAAUCACCGUCCACGUCCGCUGGUGUGCCCGAGACACCUUCAACAGCUGCCCCGGCUGCGGUUCCGGCUGCGGUUCCCGCUGUGGCCCCGGCUGCGGUUCCGGCUGUGGCACCGGCUGUGGUACCGGCUGCGGUUCCGGCUGUGGCAUCGGCUGUGGCACCGGUUGCGGUUCCAGCUGCGGCUCCGGUCCCUGAGCUGGAGGAAACUCCCGGCGACGAUGGCGAGGACGAGCUGACUGAGCGCCAGACGCUGUCCAAAGCCGCCACGCUACUGUGCCGGACCAGCCCGCGCGGAAAGAACGACCCGAACGUGCGUGGAUUCGCCUAUACGAACAACCGUUGCGUGGCGCUAUGCCGCAAUGGCUACGGGAUCCCUUGGAGACAGUCGUUCACCGCGCAGACAGCGUGCGGCAGUGGAAUGGUGUGCGUCAACAGGGAGUGCAUGCAAGCCGGAACCAGUAAGGACAUGCAGACGUGCACCACCAUCUUCAACCAGAGCCGCCGCAAGUACCGGCAGCUGUUCAACGCCCGCGUCGAGGCCGGGGUGAUCUCCGCCUGCCGACUCCGGUGCUACAAUCCCAACACGGCUGAAUCCCUGCGCGUCAACAGGGAUGACGGCGAGAGGUGCCAGAACCGCCUCUACGAAGGCACCUGUCGAGGAGGCGUCUGCCGGUCUCCGAACGAUGCCAUCGCUGCGAUCGGGUCGGUCAUCCCGAUCCCGUACCAGGAGGCCAACGCCUUCUCCAGGCCCGACGACCAGGGCAUCCAGGUCGAGGAGCCCGGGUUCGGCGAGGAGUUUGACCACGACGGCUUCCAUUCGGACCGCUUCGAAGAGAGCCUCGGGGAGAGGCCCCAGCAGACACACUUCCCCGCUCGGCCGGCGCCUGCCGUGGUCCAGGCGACCAACGGCACGGCCGGCGCUUGACCCGCGUGGCCCACAGCGGUCGCGCAUCGCGGUGCACCUCGGGUGCCUUCCACUAUUUAUGACUAUUUAUAUGAUGACUGUAUACCAAAUAAAGAGCAAAAUCUCUGCGUAUAAAGAAACGCCUCA